AUGUCACUUUCAGAUAGCCAGGGUACUGCUCGCAAGUUUUUUGUCGAGAAUGUCCAGGUUUUCAACGAAUCCGGGUCCACAGAAUUCCAAAAUGUGAUCAUCCACAACGGCAUAAUUAGCAACAACCAAGAAAACGCCGACGAAACUAUCAAUGGAGAAGCCUAUGGGAUAACCACAGCCUUGGACAUGGCGAUGUGGUCUGCCGACCAAAUGAACAGUCUAAGAUGGAAACCCGUCUACCCGACAACAGAAGCGCUGGACAACCGUCACAGCGGCAGAUAG